AUGAAUGGAACUGUCCCACUUCAAGAUCCACUUCCUAGACCUGCAGAACCUCACGUCGCAAAUGCGCCAAUCAAGUCACCCGAUUCCAAUAAGGUGGUUACUGCCUACUCGACCUGGAGUAGCGGUAUCGCCGGACCUGCUCCAACAGGCACGACCAAUUCAAUAUUGGAUGACGCCGUAGCCCACCUCAAGCGCAUGGACGAAAACGGAAGACUGACUCCAUACAUUGAGAAGUUCCACUGCAAGGUCUUUGACGCCGAAGGACUGGCACAACCAAUUGAUCCUUUCCGUUCUCUGGCUUCUGGUAUCAUUUCUCAGCAAGUUUCAGGUGCGGCAGCGAGCAGUAUCAAGAAGAAGUUUGUGGGUCUGUUUGAAGCUUCUGAAGCGCAUAAUUAUGCUGGAUCGCCUGAUUUCCCGCCACCUGCAUUGGUUGCUGUGAUGCCUAUUCCGACCCUCAGAACUGCUGGAUUGAGUCAGAGGAAAGCGGAAUAUAUUCAAGGCUUGGCCGAGCACUUCGACUCUGGCAGGCUGAGCGCUGAGAUGUUGGCAAAGGCUUCGGAUGAAGAGGUCAUGGAGAAGCUGAUAGCGGUCAGAGGCUUGGGCAAGUGGAGUGUUGAGAUGUUCGCCUGCUUCGAUCUCAAGAGGAUGAACGUCUUCUCUACAGGAGAUCUUGGUGUACAACGUGGUUUGGCAGUCUAUACCGGCAAAGACGUCAACAAACUCAAGGCCAAAGGAGGAGGUAAGUGGAAGUACAUGGGCUCUGAGCAAGCCAUGUUGGAAGCUGCAGAGAAGUUCUCACCAUACAGGAGCUUGUUCAUGUGGUAUAUGUGGCGUCUCAGCGACGUUGACGUAUCAGCGCUUGAGAAGAUGGAGCGUACUGAAGCAGAGUGA